AUGGCAUUAACCUUGGCGUGGAUACAGGACCCCCUCGGGCGGGGAAUCCGCCUGAGGCUCGACCGACCGACGGAACUGCAGAGCGGAGCAAACGGAGCUCCAGCAGAGUUUCUCCGCUCUCAUCUCACCCUGGCUUUGGAAUGGGUUCUCAGUACAGGUAUCUCACGACGCAAACUUGACAACCAGCCCAGAAACAACAACCUAAAAAAGAAUCCCGAAGCCAGCUCCAUGUCCGAAGCCGACCAGUCGAGCGCGGCCCACGCGGCGGCGCGGGCCUUUGGCUUCCACGCGGAGGGGGAAGACGGUCUGGACGGCGACUCUGGGAUAGCGACCGAGUAUCCGGAUCAGCUCGACUAUUACUCUCUCCUGGGUCUUUCACAGAAGCCGGCGCCCACCGAGACCGAGAUUCGAUCUGCCUAUCGCAACCUCACCUUGAUGUUUCACCCGGACAAGCAGCCGCCGCAUCUUCGGGAGUCGGCCGAGCAACACUUCAAGCGCAUUCAGACCGCGUACGAUACUCUCAUGGACCCGAAGAAGCGAGUCGUGUAUGAUAUGUUCGGGGAGGAAGGGGUCCAGAGGGAAUGGGGUCGUGGUGGCGCAAUGGGACGUGGAGGGGACGCUGAGAAGCAGCAAGUGGGCGUCAAGGCCAUGUCGCCUCAAGAGUUUCGUCACUGGUUCACGAGGACGAUGAAGAGGCGUGAGCGCAAGGCCUUGCAGGAUUUGGUGAACAGUCACGGAUCUAUUACUCUUGGACUCAAUGCCGAGACGACCAUUCGAGUCGACGAGGACGAUGAUAUGACGAUUCAUAUUCCGGAGAGGGUUGUUCCGGUUUCUUACGCUGCCAAAGUUUCGUUUGAUUCUCCAUUGAGCCUGCCCAGCUUCAGAUCAAACGUGAAGGCAGAUACGAUAGCAGAUGAGCAGAAAACGGACCCAGAUUCAGAACAAGAUGACGAAGUGUCGGAAUCGCCUAUUCAAGUCACGUUCCAGGCUGGAAUUGCUGGCAAUAUCGUUCAUCGUACGCAGGAGGCCAAGGCUGAAUUCGCUGAUGGAACGGAAGAGGAUAUCAAGAUUCCGCUGCCGCCCGUAGUGGUUGCUAACAAUGUGAAUUUGGGUGUGAAUCUGAAACCCAAUAUGACCGAGUUGAUUGGUACAAAGGGUAUCUGGAAGAAUCGAUACUGGUCGACUCUGCGAGAGUCCACGGUCCUGGUAGAGGCCAAUGUUCUUCCUCUACCGCUGCUGAGAACGACUGUUGCACGGGCGUUCCAGCCAAUUCCCGGGAUUAAGCCUUUCCAGGUCACCACAAAAACCACGUUGAUGCGAUCUUUGUUGGAGUCUCCCCCGUCAUUGGAGGUUCAUGUAACCAAAGAAAUCGCAGAAAGGAAGCUGGCCUUCUGUGCGUGGUCAAGCGGGACCUGGUAUUACCCUGAUUUCCUGCUGGAUAACUUUUUCUUCCGGGGAAUGACGGUUGCGGACAUGUAUGCCUUUUCUGGUGAUCUCAGCAGCCUUCAAGUCGGCUUGAUCUCAUUACCGAAGCAACCUACCCAGACAAUUUCCAUGGACGACGAUGAUGCCGAUGUAGAGGAAGAGAGUGCCGCGCGCAGACCGAAAAAUCGCGUGGAUUCAUCGGCUGAAUCCUGGCAGACGUUCAUUCAAGUUUCUCCAGGUGGCGGAGGUCUCAGUUUGAUGUAUUCUCGAAAUCUGUUCUCGGGCACACCGGCUGAUGAUUUGGCAAAGUCUGAAUGGACCGAAGAGGGAUACAGCCCGGUGAUGAACAUUGAAGGGCCUCGAGCUGUGCGGGUUGAGCUCUCCACUACCGUCAGUCCAGAUCUAUCAUUUACUUGGAAUAUCAAGGGUACUCGCCGCGUUGGUGAAUAUACCAGAAUGGGACUCGGCAUUGGUCUCACUCAUCAGGGCAUUCUGAUGACGGUUGGGUGGACAAGGCUCGGCCAAAGCCUGAAUUUACCACUUGUUCUCUGCUCCAAGGAUGAGGCCACGCAUGAUGCGGCCAUCUUGGCAGGCAUCUUUACGUGGGCUAGCUAUCUCGCUAUCGAAUUCGGCUAUAUCAGACCCCGCGAUCGAAAGCUCCGUCGGGAGGAAGUUGCGCGGCGUCACAAUCAAUUAAAGAAGUUGAUCCCAAAGAAGCGUGCGGAAAGCGAGCAAGCCAUCCAAAUGAUGACCGAUCAGGUUCGCAGGCGACAAUUGAAAGAGCACGACCAAGACGGGCUAGUGAUAGACCGAGCGGAAUAUGGUUACUGGCCACCCACAGAUCGCAAACCCCGUCGAGGACUCGAGGAGGCUCGAGUCGCAGAUGUCUUAUACCCAGUGGCGAAUCUUGUCGAACGUGGGCAGCUAGUGAUCCGUUCAAGCACAGUCAAACACCAAAUCAUUGGCUUCCAUGACCCUGCACCUCUGCUCAAGAAGCAAUUGAAGAUCUGGUACACUUUCCAAGGUCGCUCGCAUUACGUGGAAGUAGGUGACAAGGACGGCGUUCUUCUGCCGCAGCGUGGCCACAUGUGUCCUGAAUCUGAGCAAUUCAAUUCGCUCUACUUAUAG